AUGGCGCCGCCAACACUGGAGCACGUUUUCACCAUGAAAGGCUUCACGGCAAAGACCUCAAUGGAUCUGGGAAAAAUCAAGGGCGGUCCUCAUCGUACCAUUUUCGGCAUCACACACGGCUACAUUCGAGGUGUACCUGGCUCCGCCGGAGGUGGACUGGAUGUAAACAUCGUCCCUGGCGGUGGCGAUUGGAUCUUGUACGAUCCAGCCACCAAUGUCAGCCACCUCGACGUUCGUACACAAGCUACAGGCAACGAUGGCCAUCAUUUGUAUGCAUCAUUGGUUCUCUUCGCCGAGGAUGGAGACAAGCGAUCCAAAAUUCAAGUGGGUCGAAACGACCAUGUUCGUCGGGCAGGGGUAUUGGCACCGUGA